GCCGCUCUCACAACUCACAGGAUAACACAGUCAGCAUCAUUGCUCUGAUUUGUUGCGGAUUACGCUUAUUCCCGUAGCGCGCAAACGUUCUGCAGCAUCUGCAAGCAUCUACGCUGCCGUAGCGUGUGAUUUUAGCUGUCUCCUCCUCCUGCUGGCAAGCUUGCGUGUGGACAACGUCGACAUGAAGGUAACAUACUUCCAGCUCUGGGCGCGCGGACCGUCCAUCGUGCUCGCCUUGGAGCAUGCAGGCGUCGACUACGAAGCUGCUUUCCCGGACAACUGGAAGGAGCUGAAGCCGACGACGCCGUGGGGCGCCUUGCCUCUAUUCGAAGCCCCACUGGCCGGGAAGGUGCUCACGCUCGGGCACGAGCUCGCGAUCCUGGCGUACAUCGAGCGUAAGUGCCCGGUGGUCGCCGGCGCCGACGAGCGCGAGUGGGCGGUGUCGCAGCAAUUCGUCCACCAAGCGGAGGACGUGUAUAAAGCCCUCGUCGCGAAGCAGCCGACGCUCUACGAGACGGACAAGGUCUCGAAGGAGGCGCUCGCCGAGUGGUGGGCGGGCGACGACCGGACGCUCCACAAUCGCAAGCAAGGGCUCCAGGUGCACCUCGCGCUGCUGGAAGCCGCGGCCGCCGCGACGCCGGGAAAAGCAGGUUAUUUGACGUGUGAUGGAAAGUCUGUCGGUGAGUGCAAGCUAUGGGCGACGUUACACAUGCUCGUGUUGAUCAAGAGUGACGUCCUGGCGCCGUUUCCGGCGCUCACGGCCUUCUACGAGCGGUUCGGCGGAGAGGAGGCGACGAAGCGAGUCGUCGACUCCGGCGGCCGCUUCCCGGGGCCGCUGAAGCAGUACUUCGUCGCCGCCGAGUGA